GUCAAUCAACGGAUAGAGACGGACAGUAGAAAGAUUGUCACAAUGCCCAUAUUCAAACGCCAUUCCAAUUGCUAAACACUAGACAGACAAACAAAUGCAAAUCAAUUCUUUUUAAGUAACGUUUCUGCCCAAAGCAAAGCAAAAAUGGCAGUUUUAAUUCUCUUCUUUCUUUUCUUCGCCGGAAAAUCAGAUAGUCUUGAAAUCUGUGAAGGAUCCUGCGGCGUUUCCGGUCCAACAGUUCGAUUCCCUUUCGGACUUAAAAACAACGAUCGAUGCAGCUUUCCAGGUUUCAAUCUCUCCUGCAACAAAAAUGCUGACACAAUCCUCACUCUCCCUCGCUCCGGCGACUUCAUCGUCAAAUUCAUCCGUUAUGAAACUCAAGAGAUAUAUAUCAGAGACCCUGAACAUUGCCUCCCUAAGCGUUUCCUCUCCAAUUUCAGUCUCUCUGGAUCACCUUUUAUGGCUGAAAAUUAUCCGGCCUUCUCGUUUCUUAAUUGCUCUUCGUAUUUUCCUUUCUCCUCAUUGCCUCCUUUGUCACGGCUGGUUCCUUGCCUUAGCAAAAGUAAUUUCACCGUUUUCGCUAUACCUGUCACCAAUUACGACGGAUUUGUGCCGUCGAUUCCGUCUUGUAAGGUGAUUAAGCCAAUCGUCGAUGUUCCGGUCAUAUGGCAUCCUUGGACUGAUGAGGAUACUAUGUUGGUGUGGAGCACACCGGACUGUAGAGCAUGCGAAGAGCGCGGCGGGACUUGUGGAUACAAAGAUGAUGCCAGGCCUGACGUUGGGUGCUACGAUCUACCAAGCAACAAACGUCGUGGACUCCCAAGAAGUGCAAAAUAUGGGAUAAUAAUAGGCGCUGGAAUACCAGGACUCUUGUGCAUAAUUGGGCUUGUUUGUUACUUAUGUGGCAGAAUCAGAACUUAUAGCAGGAGCAGCCGCGGCCAUUCCGCCACACAACUUCCCAUCACAUUUCUGGAAACACCACCAAGAAUGGCGGCGGCAGGUCUUGACUUACCAACCAUAGAAUUAUACCCAAAGACUUUACUCGGUGAAAGUCGAAGAUUGCCAAAACCUAAUGACAAUACUUGCCCUAUAUGUUUAUGUGAGUAUGAACCCAAGGAAACAUUAAGGACUAUACCUGAAUGUAACCAUUAUUUCCAUGCCGAUUGCAUUGAUGAAUGGCUUAAAAUGAAUGCGACAUGCCCCUUGUGUCGAAAUUUGCCUCGUGUUUCCUCCUUGGGUACCCCUGCCUCGUCAUUCUCUACUUCGUCGGGUACCCCUGCCUCGCCAUUCUCUGCUUCGUCGUCCUCAUUAUCUUCAGGCACUGUAGAAAGAUAGAAAAAUAGAUAGAUAGAUAGCUGGUUUGUUUAUGUUUUCGUUGGAUAACUAUGAUUUGUUGAUGUAAAUGCAUUUCAGUUUUGGUUUUGUUUACAAAUUAAACGAAGGAGAAUCAGAUGGCAGAGGGUAAUUUUGUCUUGUACGUAUUAAGAUCUUGCUUUAUUUUUGUUUAUGGUUAAGGUUAAUCAUUCAUAUAUUGAAAAAUUUGCU